CCAGUGAUUAUUAUCAGGCUGUUGGAGAAAGUGGAGUCAACCACCAGCAGUGUGAGUGUGUAUGUGUGUGUGGAUCAGAUAUAUAUUACCUAGUUAAUCUGUUAGUUUUUCAUGUUACAAUGCAUCCAGUCAGAGUGUCGAUCCCGUCGUUUCGUUCAGAGACCAACCCGAUGGAGAAAGGAUUCACGGUCUUUAGAAUUGACGUGUUGAUGAACGGCAGACAACAUGCUGUUGAGAAACGCUACAGUGAAUUCCACGCUUUGCAUAAAAUGCUAAAGAAGAGCAUAAAGCCUCCUGAGAUCCCUUCCAAACAUGUUAGAAACUGGGUUCCCAAAGUCCUGGAGCAGAGGAGGCAAGGUCUGGAGCUCUACCUGCAGUCUAUAAUUAUGGAAAACGGAGUUCUUCCAAAGAUAUUCCUGGAUUUCCUGAACAUCCGCCAUUUUCCUUCAGUGCCAAAAACAGAAAGCUGUGGGUCGUUUGAUACAGAAUCAGAAGAAUCAAGUAAACUUUCACAUCAGCCGGUCUUGCUGUUUCUGAGAGACCCCUACCUGCUGCCAUCUGCCCACGAUGCAUUUUCAAAUGUUGUGAUUGAAGGUGUGGUUCAUGGAAUUUUCUACCCAGAUCUUCAACCAAGGUAGAGCUGCAGAGCUGAAUCUACGGGCACGUCACUACAAACGGACGCUUCGUGUUUUCACACCUUUUCAGGUGUGCAUCAGGAAGGGCGUGGCAUGUUACACUGAGCCUCAUUUACAUUUUCCAAAGCAUAAAACAAAAAACCCAUACAUUUAUUUUCUUCUCUCGAUAAACGACUGGCACCGUCACCAUCAGUUGUUUUUAAAAGAAGCAAUAUUGACCCAUAUUUCAAUGGAAAGAAAUAGUCAGCUAUAAAAUGUAACUACAUGCGAAACAGUUUGGCAACUUAACUUGGAUGUUUCGAGGCAUUAGAAUCGAAAUAAUUAAGUAAAGACUACAAAGAUUAUUUUCAGAUUAUAGCAAAUAAAUUAACUUCUAUUUUCCUUCUUUCUUAAGAAAGUAAUGAGUGAAAUUAACACACAGGAUCAACUGGAAAUAGAGAUAAGAGGCAGAUCAAAGUACGUGAGAACUGAAGUGUUGUUUUGAGAGCUUUUAGUACGUAAAUACCAGAAGUUGAAACUCUGGGGAACCAGAAAGGAAAUGCUGAUGCCAGCUGGACUGAAGGUUAGUUUGCCAGACAUAGAGCACGCCUUUAAGAGCGGAGCUGGAUGUUGGCCUGCAAACAGGGAGGUGCCCUCUCUCUUUGUAGCACAACUACUGUGGUUUCUUCUGAGCUGCCAAAUCUAGCCAUCUGAAGGAGAGCAGUGGGACAGCGUGGAACAAUUUUGAGUGUGUUUUGUGCAUUCUGGUGGAGUUGACAGCUAUGUGCCACAUGUUAGGGUAGAAGUGAAAUGAGAGUUGUGAUGUGGAGCUAUUUUUAUUGAGCAUCAGAUGUCUGUGAAGGAGAACUGUAGUGUUUACAGUGGCGCUACUGGAGGAACAGUAGCUCAGUUUGGGGAGGUGAUGAGCUUGAGGAAUUUGAAAUGUAACCUAAGACAGACGGAAAUAUAUGGCACAACCUGUGAGCAAGGAGUGAUGUCAUCAGAGUUGUAGUUAAACACAUUUUAUUUCACGUAUUCCUAGUAGUGGCUAAUGUAGCCUCAAGCUUCUAGCCUCAAGUUAAAAUUAGGAGCGACCUACAGAGGUCUGUUAAGCUCUUUCAAACUCCACACUCCCAGAUUUUUUAGUUAUCAGACUUGUUGUUUUCAGCCCCAACUGAUGCUGACUCAAUUAACAAUUGAGGCAAUUUAUCAGAUUUGGUGCAGCUCCGUCUGGAGCUCUGGAACUUUUUUCACAUAUGCAGUAUUCCCCCCCCCCCCCCCCCCCCCAAUGUAAAAUUGGUGGAGUUCCCCUUUUAAGAGAGGAUAAGGUCAAACUCAAGGGCACUUCUCCAUUUGUUAUCUAUGCCUUCUUGCUUCCUUCAUUUGCAUUUUGACAGAUGUUCAACAAAAGAUGCAACGAUGAGAUAUGAGGACUGACAGCUGAUAGCAUAGCAGAAGAAUGAGCCUGUUUGUUGAUGUCCCACAGCACAUGCUAAAACUAAGUACAACAUUUGAAAAUAGUUAUAGUUUGUUCAAAAUAACAUUAAAGGGUAACUUAGCUUUUUUUCAACUUGGACCCUAUUUCUCCAUGUUUUUGUGUCUAAGUGACUAAUGGGGACAACAAUUUUUGAAAUUGGUCCAGUAUUGAGGGAUAACGCUGUA